AUGUCAAUUUCUUUACCUUCUUUCUCUUACGAACACGAACACGAUAAUCAUGCUAAGAAUCAAGAACAAGAAGAACCCGCAAAUGUUUUCACUUCUUGUUUAACUAAGUUUGGUAUCCGUAACUUUACGACCCAUUCGAAUUCAAACAAUGAUUCUUCGGUUUAUUACCAACUUCUAAAUUUUUCCAUACAAAAUCUAAGAUUUUCGAGUCUGUCGUUGCCAAAACCGGCUGUUAUCGUGUUUCCCGAGACGAAAGAACAAUUGGCUAACACUGUUGUUUGUGCAAGACAAUCUUUGCUCGAAAUUCGGGUUAGGUGUGGUGGUCAUAGCUAUGAAGGGACAUCAUCAGUAUGUAUGGAAGGAAGACCUUUUGUGGUGAUUGAUAUGACUAGAUUGGAUAGUGUGUCGGUGGAUGUGAACUCGGGAACCGCAUGGGUCGAAGCCGGUGCAACGCUUGGUCAGACAUACUAUGCCGUCGCAGAGGCGAGUCCGGUGCACGGUUUUUCGGCCGGGUCGUGCCCGACCGUCGGAGUCGGUGGUCACAUUUCGGGCGGUGGAUUCGGGUUAUUAUCACGAAAAUAUGGACUAGCGGCCGAUAAUGUGGUUGAUGCAGUUUUAGUGACAGCUGACGGUGAGUUAUUGGACCGCGAUGCGAUGGGAGAGGAUGUUUUUUGGGCAAUACGAGGCGGUGGUGGUGGGGUUUGGGGAAUUGUGUAUGCUUGGAAAAUUAAAUUAUCAAUUGUACCAAAAACAGUCACUUGUUUUGUCGUGUCUAGACCAGGCACGAAAGGACAAGUGACUGAUUUGGUCAACAAAUGGCAACACGUUGCACCUAAAUUGACGGAUGAUUUCUAUAUAUCAUCUUUCGUAGGUGCAUGUUUGCCCGAGCGGAAAAACAAACCGGGUAUAUCAGCUACAUUCAAAGGGUUCUAUUUGGGACCAAAAACAAAAGCUUUAUUGAUCGUAAACCAAACUUUUCCUGAGCUAAAGGUCGUGGAAAGUGACUGCAAAGAGAUGAGUUGGAUCGAGUCGAUUCUUUUCUUCUCGGGUUUCGGAGAUGAAAGUAUGGUUUCAGACUUGAAGGACCGAUUCUUACAAGAUAAAUCGUAUUAUAAGGCAAAAUCAGACUUUGUUAGGAAACCUAUUCCACGAUUUGGCUUAACCACCGCACUCGACAUACUUGAAAAGCAACCAAAAGGAUUUGUGAUUUUGGACCCGUAUGGCGGCGCAAUGGAAACCAUAAGUAGUGACUCGAUUCCAUUUCCCCAUAGGAAAGGCAAUAUUUUCACUAUUCAAUAUCUAGUCGAUUGGAAAGAAACUGAUAAUGACAAAACGAGCGACUAUAUAGCAUGGAUACGAGGCUUUCAUGGCUCAAUGACGCCAUAUGUGUCGCAGGAACCACGAGCUGCAUACAUCAACUACAUAGAUACUGAUCUUGGGGUGAUGGACUGGAUAAAAACUCAGGUCGAGUCAGAGGAUGCUGAUGCAGUUGAGAAGGUCAGAGAAUGGGGUGAAAAGUACUUCUGUAAAAACUACGAUCGACUUGUGAGGGCAAAGACACAAAUCGAUCCCUACAAUGUUUUUAGGCAUCAACAAAGCAUUCCUCCGAUGUUGUCGGGGAACAAGAAUGACAGGGAUAGGUUGAGCGAGUAA